AUGGGGCAAUUCAAUGGCGACAAGACAAUGAAGUACGGGUCUAUACGGUUCAACAUGAAGGAUCUUAGGAAUGCAGACUUGAGAAGGGAAGUUAUUCUUGGACAAAUUAAACCAGAUAAACUUGUUACUAUGACAAUAGAAGACAUGGCAAGCAAUCAAAGGCAAUUCGAGAAUGAGAAAAUCAAGAUGAAAUUUUUACGUAAGCGUAUUACACUGCAAGAGAAUGCGAAAGAUUUCUGUAGUUUCAAGAAACCAUCACAAGAACCUGUCAAAUGCAGUGAUGCCAUACGUAGCAAGGAUAUAUACUAUAGAAAAGCAAAAGAAGAGGGUUGGCGUGCUCGAAGUGCCUUUAAACUCCUUCAAAUGGAUGAAGAAUUCAAUAUUUUUGAAGGAGUUAAGCGUGUGGUGGAUUUAUGUGCUGCACCUGGCAGCUGGAGUCAGGUUUUGAGCCGUAAACUAUAUUUGCCAGCAAAACUUUCACCUGAUUCUAGUGAUAAUGAUCUUCCUCUUAUUGUGGCCAUUGAUUUGCAACCCAUGGCUCCAAUUGAAGGUGUUAUCCAAGUGCAGGGUGAUAUUACCAAUGCUCGAACUGCUGAAGUGGUCAUUAGACAUUUUGAUGGCUGCAAGGCUGACUUGGUUGUUUGUGAUGGUGCCCCUGAUGUUACCGGACUCCAUGACAUGGACGAAUUUGUUCAGUCUCAACUCAUACUAGCAGGUUUAACAAUUGUCACACAUGUGCUCAGGGAAGGUGGAAAAUUCAUCGCAAAGAUAUUUCGUGGGAAAGAUACAAGUCUUCUGUAUUGCCAGCUCAAAUUAUUUUUUCCUGUGGUGACUUUUGCAAAACCAAAAAGCAGCCGCAAUUCCAGCAUAGAGGCAUUUGCAGUUUGUGAGAAUUACUCCCCUCCUGAGGGAUUUAAUCCAAAAGACUUGUAUCGCCUUUUGGAAAAGGUGGGAAGCCCCUCUGGUGCUGAUGACCUAGAUUGCAGUAGCGCAUGGUUGGAAGGGGCAAAUAAGGUGUAUAUUCCAUUUCUAGCUUGCGGGGACCUCAGUGGGUAUGACUCUGACCGAUCAUAUCCACUACCAAAAGUUGCCGAUGGCACUUACCAGAGCUUGGAUCCUGUACAACCUCCAAUUGCUCCCCCUUAUAAAAGAGCCCUUGAAAUGAAGAAAGCUUCUAGUCAUGGCAUAAAAGAGCUUGAAAAGCUCUCUUCGGAUUCUUGA